GUGAGGUUUGCCGAUACAAACUUUUGUUGUUCUACUUCCAGUUCUGAGUAUGAGGAGUAAAAGAUCUUAAAAAUUGCUGUUUUAUUUUCACUAAUUUAAGUGUUUAGAGUGAAGUUUUAUCAGCACAAAUAGUUUUGCAAAUUAUUGUACAUCAAUCCAUAUACCAUUAGUCCAUAAACUAGUAGAAGGAAAUUGUUGAAAACAAUAAUGAAUUUACUAUUCAACAAAUUUAUUGGAUCAAAAACAAAUAUCAAAACUCUUUUAAAUUAUGUGUAAUAUAUGUUGAUGAUUUAAAUAAACAUUAAAUGUAAUCAUGUAGGUGCCGAGGUGGCAACACGAAAAAAGGGUUGAAGAAAGGGUGUGGCAAAAAAAACUGAGCGGGAGUAGCUCAAGGGAACCAGCUGAUGUAGAAGUGUUUAGUGAUAUUAAUAAAGAAUUAUUUGUAUCAUAUUAUCUGGUCAGUUGAGUUGUUUAUAAUACAUGGCAGCGUAGAGGAAAACGUAUCAGAUCCCAGUACCAGAAGUUUUUAAUUUUUGUUCUGAAGAUUGGAGAACAUGGAUAGGGUGUUUUGAACGAUUUUGAACAGUGGACUCCAUAAUAAAGAAGAAACUGACCAAGUAAAUUCUUUCAUAUAUUUAAUGGGACGGAAAGCCGAGGAAAUUUUGGCAUUAUUUAGUCUCCCAGAAGAGGAUAGAAAUGAAACAAAAAACAGCGUACCAGGAACCUGUUUCCGGUGUGCUUCUCGGUAAAACGAAGUGUUACAAAUGUUUUCGAACUUGUAAGUUUUUCUUCAGGUAACAGAUGUCUAAGCGAAUGCCAUUCAAAUUCAAUUCAAAUAAGAACACCAUUAAGAAUUCUAUCAUACGUAUCGAUGGCAUCAAUUUACCGAGAAGCACACCGGAAACAGGUUCCUGGUACGUUGUUUUUUGUUUACUUUAUCCCGGUGUAGUACAUUGCCGAUUUAAGGAUAGAAAUGGCCAUUCCAAAGUUAAGGCAGCAUUCGAAAAAUACUUCGUCCCAACUAAAAAUGUUAUAUACAAAAGAUAUAAAUUCAUUUCUUGGUUUCAAGAGGAAGGAGAAACAGUGGAGAAAUUUGUAACUUCGUUAUAUAGUCUGGUUAAAACGCGUGAUUUCCCUGCUUCGUUUCAAGACAAAAUGAUUAGGGACAGAAUAGUUUGCGGCAUUAGAGACAAAAAAGUUUCGGAACGUUUGCAACUAGAAAUGGAACUAACUUUGGAUAAAGCAAUAAACACUGUGAGACAGGCUGAAACAGUGAAAAAGCAGCAAGAAGCUUUUGAGAACAAUUCCGUGAAUAACAUGUAUGCAUUAGGCAAAGCUGCACGUGUGAAGAAUGUAUUUUCGAAGCCAGAAGUUACCAACAAUUUGUUUACUGGAAACAAACCUUUAAAUUCCUGUUAUUGUAUGGAAAAACUGUGAAACAUACUAAUCUAAAUUGCACUGCAUGUAAGGCGGAUCUAUAAUAAGUGUAAAAAAGUAGGUUAUUACGCAAAGGUCUGUAAAGCUAAAGUGAGUAUCAAUGAAAUAGGAGAACCUAAGCAAAGUUCAUUUCUGGGACAUGUUAAAGGGUCAAGUAAUAUAAAGUUAGGGUUACGAAAAAGCAUAAUCAGUGGAAUGCAAACAUUUUCGUUGAAGACAUUCCUUUAAACUUCAAGAUUGACACAGGGGCAGAUGUCACAGUUAUACCACACGAGAUAUAUCACAGAGUGCAAUCUCGUUAAAUUAUGAGAAACGAAUAGAUCUAUACACGGCCCUGGAAAGAAAACACUGGAUUUACUGAGAAGCUAAGAAAUAAGAGAUUCUGCAUCCAAGAAGACAUAUAUGUUAUAGAUAAAGUAGAAUGCUCCUUGUUGAGUGGUAAAGCGAGUG